CGUGUCCGUGCGCGCUUCUUCUCAAGUCUCCCAAGAUGCAGAUUCACAACUGGGUUCUAUGUCUUCUCGUCGCCGCCGCUACUGGCUAUGCGCAGGACGCCUCCUCCCCCGAACCUCCAACUGAACUAGUGAUUGAGACUAUCUACAUGCCCGAGGUCUGCACGUUGAAGGCUGGAACUGAAGACCAAAUCAAGGUUCACUACACCGGAACAUUACAUGCAACUGGAGCCAAAUUUGACUCGAGCUACGACCGCAACAGUCCUCUCCCGCUGAAGCUUGGUGUCGGACAAGUCAUCAAAGGCUGGGACGAAGGACUUCAAGGAAUGUGCGUCGGGGAAAUACGACUUCUUACCAUUCCUGCUCACAUGGCAUACGGCUCACGUGGAUUUGGAAAUGUCAUCCCUGCCAACUCUGCUCUCGUGUUCAAGACGGAGCUCAUGGAAUUAAAUCCUAGGUCUCGCGACGAACUGUAACUGAGCAUUGGCCAUUACAUAUAAGAGAAACUAUGUGUAAAACACUACGUGGUCUGAAAUCAUAUGAUGAACACUUGUGCACAACCCCGAAUAUUUACUACUGGUCCGGAUUUUUUGCCGCCACCACACUUUAUUCCACCACCAAUUUUGGUACAUAUAUUGCAAGGAAAUGUCGACAAACCAAGGUUUCGUACGAUUCUUUAUUGGUAAUGGCGGAUGUUAGAAGGAAACCUCAAGGAAUCGAAGUUCUUUACAUAUAACAAGCAAGUGAUUCAAAUGAUUUAUGUUCCAGCUGGAAUACAUGAAUACAUACACACAUAUUACGCGUUCCAAGGCAUUGUGUUGAACAAAACGAACAUUGUACGACUGAAAUCGUUGUAAUAGUGGGUAUGAGAAG